AUGUGCUGCAAUAUGCUCACGGGUUUUCUGCCGUCAAAGAUAGGCCUGCUAACCAAGCUAACGCACCUCGAUCUCAGCUCCAACCGCUUCUUUGGCCCACUGCCAACCACCAUCUCUGCCCUCCAGCAAGCCACUGCCAUCCUCCUCCGUGACAACCAGCUGAACGGCACGAUCCUUCCCAAGCCAUCAGCAGCGGUGCGCCAAUACCAGCUAGACACCAACUUCUUCUCCGCCUGGUUCCCCUUCUCCCCGCCCAACUGCGCCGGCACCACCCUCUGGGCCAACUGCCUCCCCGUCCCCACCGUCUCCUCCGUCCCUCCGGGGUACCUCUGUCCAGUGGACUCGUUUCCCGAGGGAGCGUACCGGCAGCGCAGUGCCGCUGCGUGUGCUGCGUUCUGCGGGCUGUGGGUGGGGCCUGAGUCGAUGCUGGUGGAGAGUGUGGUGUGCGGGGGCGUUGGGAGCUGCUACUUUGACGGGCCCAACCGGGUUCCCACGUGCGCGUGCGACAAGGGGUACAUCAACGGAGAGGACCCGGGCACGUGUGUGGCUGACGGACUCGACCCCAACGCAGUGAGCCUCAACUCCAACAAGAACCCCAAGUCCAUGCUCACCUACGGCAAGGCGUCACUCACCGGCGACGACGGCGCAAUCACGCUCACGCCCUCACUCCCCUCCGUGUGGGGCGCAGCGCUCCUCUCCACGCCCCUCCGCCUCUUCUCCUUUGACGUGAAAGCCGCUGAAGCCGGCCGGCAGCUGGGGUUCAACGCGGAAUUCUCCUUCCGCAUCUCAACAAAGAACGGCAACGGCACCAGCGGCUUCGCCUUCGUCAUCUCAGCCAGUGCCAUGCCGCCAAGCGGCCCCGCGGGGUCGACCGGGGUCACAGACCUGGGGUACGCAGGCAUGGACGCACGGAGCGUGGCAGUGGAGUUUGACACGCGGAAGGACGCAGCGACCAACGACCCGAGCGACAACCAUAUCGGCGUUGACAUUGCUGGGUCGACCACUUCCCUCGCCACUGCGACCCUCCCGCCGUCGCUCAUUCUAAACGACGGGGAGGAGAAGCAGGCGUGGGUGACGUACUCGCCGCUGAAGGGCGGGGUGCUGGAGGUGUAUCUGUCGUCUGCCGAUGCUGCUGCCAAGGAUGGCAGGCCGAAAGAGCCAGUGCUGAGCGUGAAGAUUGCGCUGUGGAAGGUGCUGAAGCCAGGAGUGAGCCCGCCGCUGAGUGGUGAUUCGUACUACUUUGGGUUUGUGGGCGCGUCCGAGAAGCCGCCGCAGGAGCAGACGAUUCUGUCGUGGAGCAUUGUGACUGGCUUCCCCAGCCGUCAGAUCACGACAGGAUUCCCUCUGGGCCUGGUGCUGGAGAGCAAGCGCGUGGCGUCAGCGCCAGUGAACCCCUACUUCCGCUACGCCAGCGUCGGCUACCAGCCCCCCUCGGGAGUUGCCACUCAGUCCCAGCAGGGAGGGGGGGCGGCGGCGGUGCAGGAGGAGUCGUGGGUGGUGAGCGCGGGCCAGUCGUGGCUGCAGCCGUCGCUGCACUUGGAGAUCCGCGACCAAGGCACCUGCGGCGACUGCUGGGCGUACGGGGUGGUGCAGAGCAUCGAGGCAGCGCACGCCAUCCUUCACAACCACUCUGCACCGCUGCUGUCAGUGGAGCAGCUGCGCAGGGACGUGGGCGCGGACUGCAGCGGAGGCUCGCCCUUCGUGGCCUUCCAGUACCUCACAUUCGUGGGCAAGGCAGGAAAAGGGCUCGUAGAGGAGAGCCACACAGCAGCAGGUGCAGGGGGAUCUAGCGGUGGGGGAGGGGUGGUGUUGAAUCCGUGCGGGGGCUUCCCGUGUGUGCGGGACGGCGCCCGCAACAAGUGCGAGUGCACGCUGCCGUUCGUGCAGGCCACCAAUGCGGACGGCUCCAGAACAUGCGCAUACGUGGACGUGUGCGGGUCCAGCAAUGGCAAUCCGUGUGCGGUGGGAACGUGUGUGAAUGACGGGGCGGGGUUGUACUCGUGUGUGUGUCCACCGGGCUUCAGGCAGGGCACCACCGUCGAUGGCACCUUCUCUUGUGCUCCAGGCAGCACCAACGGCACCUACACGGUGAUGGCAGACGGCAUAACAUGCGCGGACGUGCACGGCAUGUACGGUCUCACUCUGGCUCAGUUCGGGGCACAGAACAAGCACGUCGACUGCGACAAGCCGCUGCCUCGGAACACCCAACUCAACGUUACCUCCUCGCUGCCGCUCUGCACCGUCUUCUACACUGCGGUGCAGGGCGACACGUGCCUCUCCGUGGCGAAAUUCUUCUCUCUCGACGACUCCUGCAACCCCGCCGGCUCGCCAUGUGUAGAGGCCUUCCAAGCACUCAACCCCGGCGUUGACUGCACCACCACCAACGCCGGAGCCCUGUCUCCUGGCCAAGUGGUGUGCGUGGAGCGGGACUCUUCACCUGCUGUCGGUGGUGGUGGGGAUGCGAUGGUGCCAGUGUGCUCUCAGACGUACAUGGUGCAAGGCGGGGAGACCUGUGAGGCGAUCCGUAACGUGCCGUCGCCGCCUCUCUCCCGCCUUGACUUCUACCGGCUGAACCCCGGGAUUAAUUGUGAUGAGCUCGUGCCGCCUAAUGGCGUGGGCGCAACUACUGGGUUCGAGGUGUGCAUACAGUCUUCAUCUUUCUACCGAGCGGGGAGCUGCCCUCGCUCCAACUUCUACAUUGUUGUCAACAACGAUCGCUGCAGCACAAUCCAGUUUAAGUACUUUAAAGGGAUUAAGAGCUGCUACAAGCAGAUUAACGGAUAUGAUUGCCUAGACAAGUUGAAACAAGGAACUCGGAUCUGCCUACCUGAUCCACAAAAGAUGAAGAGGGGUAGAUGCUCUAUCUAG